CCGAAUGAACUUUUCACAUGAGCUAACUACAUUAGAGUGCAUUUCUGAUAUCCAUGGUGUUUUUGAACUGAAAGAAAUGCCAGUCACUCUUUUACAGUUAGAUAGACCCAUGCAAUGUGCUCAGUCUCUUCGUCUGACUGGUUGCCGUUGCUGCCGUUUUGGAGGUUCUUUGCUAGUAUAAACCUUCCUAUGCAUCACAGUUGAUCCUGUAAAGAUAGUUGCACAGAUAGGGCCAUCCUUUGAAGGUUCCUCAAGGAGCACUCAUAACCUUCUGAUAAUCAGCUUGGUAUUUGCUGCUGAAAGCAUAAUUUUCUUGGUCUGCAUAAAGAGGGGCUCUCUCAUUCUGCACCCAAAUGAUUACAAGGUUUCUGGUGCUCACCUUGUUGAUCUCCUUUUCAUCGACAUUUUCAUAGCCACCAAUACACCCAGAUAAGCAAUGAAAUGUCUGCCAAAAUCUGCUCCAGCAGGGUUGGCAUGGAAACUUGAGACCAUAAUGCCCUCAAAAGUGUUUGACGAAAUGCCCCAGCCAAGUUUGCACUACUAUACCUCCAGAAUUGUCAGCCUAGCACGUUCUGGUACAAUCCACAGUGCACGCCUGUUGUUUGAUAGAUUGCCUCAGAAGGACUUAGUGUCUUGGAAUGCCAUGUUAUCAGCAUACUCACAAACUGGGUAUCAUAGAGAAGCAUUGUGUUUGUUUAUGGACAUGAGAAUGGCAGGGCUUAGCUGUGAUCCUUACUCUUUUACUGCUGCUGUCAGUGCAUGUGCUAAUGCGGGUGAGCUCAAUCAUGGCAAAAAAUUGCAUGGUUUGAUUAUUUCUCUGGGGUUUGAUUCAUGCUUGCCUGUUUGCAAUUCACUUAUAGACAUGUAUGGCAAGUUAUUUCUCCCAUUCUGCUCUUUGACUAUCGUUGGGCACAUGAAGGAGCUCAAUUAUGUGUCGUGGUGCUCUCUGCUUUCAUCAUAUGUGCAAUCAGGAUUACUUGAGGAUGCCAAUUGUGUGUUUAAUGAAAUGCCAGAAAGGACAGUUGUUGCAUGGAAUACUAUGAUUGCUGGUUAUGCUUGCCAUGGGGAUGUCGGUUCAUGUUUUAAUUUGUUUAAGGAAAUGAGGAGGACUGGCAAAUCCCCUGAGCUCCCGACAUUUUUGAGUCUCAUGAGUGUAUGUUAUGAUGCAGGGCAUGCUUCUCAUGGCCUUAUGUGCCAUGCCUGCAUAGCAAAGUCUGGUCUGGACAUGGUGGUAGAGGUGACCAACUCACUUCUUAGCUUCUAUGCUAAAUUUGAUUGCUUGCAGGAAGCCACUAAGCUCUUUAAAUGUCUGGAUCAUCGUACACAUGUAUCAUGGAAUGUGAUGAUUGAUGCCCACAUGAGACAUGAGAAUAUGGAUGAGGCCUUUACUUUGUUUCAGUUGGCACCUGAGAAAAACAUUAUUUCCUGGACUAUCAUGAUUGUGGGGUGCACCAGGAAUGGGUAUAGCAAACUGUCACUAGACCUCUUUGUUAAAAUGCGGGCAAAUCAGCUUCAACCGGAUGAUUUUACUUUUGGAGCUGUGCUUCAUGCAUGUUCUAGCUUAGCAUUACUUGGACAUGGUAAGGUAGUACAUGCUUGCAUUGUUCGAAUGGGUUUCUGUUCUUCUGUUUAUGUUGCUAAUGGUUUGAUCAACAUGUAUGCCAAAUGUGGGGACUUGCUUGAAGCAAACAAAGUGUUUGGUGCUAUAAAAAACAAAGACAAAAUUUCUUGGAAUGCAUUGAUCAGUGGGCUUGGACAGCAUGGCAAAGCUGAGGAAGUGUUGAGACUCUUCAAGACAAUGGUUGUGUCAAAUAUGAGGCCUGAUAAGGUCACUUUCAUUGGGUUGUUGAUAGCAUGUAGGCAUAGUGGUCUGUUCGAACAAGCGUGGCAGCAUUUUGAGUCUAUGAUCCAUGAUUACGGGGUCACACCCGAUGCUGAUCAUGUAGCAUGCAUGAUUGAUAUUUUAGGUCGAGCUGGGUCUUUGAGAGAGGCAUGUUCCCUUGUCAAGGAUUCUUACAACACAGAGGUUGAUGUCAGUGGUUCAUUGCUUGUCUCGUGUCUGCUGCAUGGAGAUGUUGACCUUGCGAGGAGAGUAGCAGGAAACUUAUUACUCAUGGAGCCAAAGGAGGAGGUUGGUUAUGUCUUACUAUCCAACUUAUACUGUGGCCUUGGCCAGUGGCUGGAAGCUCAGAGUGUGAGGAAGUAUAUGGUCAAGCAAGGGGUAAGGAAGCAACCUGGUUGUAGCUGGAUUGAGGUGAAAAACAACGUAGUAGCUUUUGUGGCGGGUGACUCUUCGCAUCCUGAAAUCAAUGUCAUCUGCAAAAUUUUGCACUCAUUAGCUAGCCAAAUGGGAAGCAAUAGUUAUAACCCGUUAGAUUCAGAAAGCAAUCUCAGUUCAAAAUGAAAAUUGUAAAGUCUAGUGACUUUUGCUAUCAGGGUGGUGACCACAGUAUGGCAGGUAAAGACAGGCACAGUCAGGUCUCCAUUGCCUUUGCAGAUUCUCUGGAUAAUAAUGAGUCCAGAAGGGAAAUGUCACAUGAUACAGCUCUGUAUUCCUACAUGCAAAAAGGGGCAGACAGGGAAUGGCCUAGUCAAUUUCAAAAGAUGGUGAAACUUCACUAACAGUCCAAGUGCUUUAUUGUUGCAUGGUAAUGAGUGUCCACCAGAGAAGUUAAUGUGAUAAUGAGAUUGGUGGACAUCUUAGGGUUCUGGAGUUCAAAUGCCUGAGGAGCUAUGCCCCAGUUUCCCUGUAGACCUUCAGCCUUGAAAAUAUAAUAUAAGAAAAAGAAAUUGGGUAAAAUUGUUAGACAGCUAUCUUGUCUCAAAGGAGUUCAUGAAAUGCCGUGCUAUUUUGCUCAAGGAAAACAAUUCUAUGUACUGAGAAAGGGUUAUUAUGAACCAAGUAACUGUUGUCAUGUUCAAUUUUAGGACAGAAAAUCUGGGCUUGUGAGAUGCACGAGGACUUUUUUUUUUCUUUAAAUGGUGCUUUUAUUUGUUUUUUGGAUUGUGCUGCUCAUUUAUGCAUCUUUCAGUGCCAUUAAUUCCUACCAGUAUUCCAUGCAUGCACAGGUAAGUUUGUCAAGUUCUCCUACUCGUAUGUUCUCUUAUGUGUCUGGGACAUUUUUUUGCCCCAAAAACAUUUAAAAGGAACACUUUACAUACGUUGAGUUUGCAACCUCUAGUUUCCCUUCUGCAUUACAUCAUCGUUAUGUUCUUUUCCUUUUUGUUAUUGGUUGUUUCAUUGUUGCUACAAUGUCUAUCCUGUUCUAAAAUAACUUUAUACU